AAGAGAAAUUUUAUAUUGUUUGGAAAAAAAUCAGGUUUUGAUAUUAGUUGGCGAAACCGGUAGCGGAAAAAGUACGCAACUUCCACAGAUUCACAUUUCAACCAUAUUUGCUUAUACACGCAACUGUUGUGACAUGAACAUUUAUUCUCAGUACUAAUUGGAGCAAUUCAAUAGAAACAGUUUUAUACAAACAAAACAAUACAUAAGGAGAUACGAAUUUUAUUCAAUUUUACACGCUUAAAAAACGUUCUCGUGCGCAUUCCCACCAAAAAAAUUAGAAAACUGCAAAGCGAGCGUUACAAAAAUGGUGGGUCCAAGCUCCCAAGUUAGUAAAAUAUUACUAUGCCUUCUCUUCCUGUUAUUGGCAUUUUAUAUUUUUAUGGACAUACAAUUAUAUAUACGUAUACAAAAUUAUCCAAUCGAAAGAGAUUACCAUACGAACACAACAAAUUUAUUACUAAACAAUGCGCCGGGCAAUGGUGCCGGUCUUGGUGGCAGUAGCAGUGUGUCAACUACAGAUAUGACGACAAUCAAAUCAUUGGGCUAUUACGAACAACAUCAUUGGGUAUCGUGCGAUGUGAAUCCCUUAUGCCAUGUAACGGUCAAAGCUGUGCUUCUCGAUCAUACGAAUCAUUAUCUUUUCGCACCUUUAGCCAGCAUAUUUGAUAAUGUUGUUGGCAUAUCACGGAGUACCUUAAUCACAGCCAACAUGAUAUCGUUCUUCCACGUUGGUGUGGCAUGCUUGUCCGGCAAAAUGGUGUCCUCGGAUAGUUUGGGUUAUCGUCGUUUGGGCGUGGUACUCUUUCAAUUCCGCACCUUCCUAGAUGAUCUGGACGGACAUGUGGCGCGCGCUAAGAAGCAUAUACAUGGUGAACGUUCUGAAGUUGGCACAUCCGGCUAUUAUAUCGAUGGUCUUUGUGAUGGACUAGGUUGUAUUGCCUUACUAUUGGGUGUAUUCUUUUAUUUGAAAAAUAAUCCACCACGUCGGGGUUACUCUCAGCUACCGAUGAGUGAAUCCAUAUUACCUGAACCAGUGACGAGGCCUAAAAUGAAAUCGAUGACACCGAAAGUUGUUAAGAAAGUUGUAAGCUUCACCGGGCAAUUGCUUGUUAGCUCGACUGCUUGGAAUCGCUAUAUCGCCGUAUACCAAGACAUGUUGGAGCGUAACGAUGUGACGCAAACGCAAUUUCUACGCCAGAAUAUCACAUUCAGAUCGGCGUGGUUCUUAAGUGUUGCCUGGAUGUGGCGUAUUGUAAAUGUGCAUUCCUUAUUGCAUCUUGUAUUGCUAAGUAUAUUUUGCGAUAAAUUGUGGGACUUCUUGAAGGCAAUACAAUAUGUCGGUUAUGUUGUACUGUUAAUUGUAAUUUGUAUCAGUGAAAUGCAUGUUUUAGAGGCUCACAAUUACAUUUUUAACACUAUAUCUGGCAAUAAUACAUCGUUUUGAUCCAUAUUCUUUUUUUAAAUGUCGUAUAUGUUUGUACAAAAUGUGAACUGUUAUUAAAUCGAUAAUAUUUUAUGUCAAAUUUAACACCAUACGAAUACAAGAAUGAAAAACAAAAGAAUAUUUGCAAAAUAUACUAAACUAAAGAACAAAUUGUGUUGAUUUUAAAUAAAAACCUAUAUAAGUUAUAUA